AUGCCAAAGGAAAAGGCCCCAAAGAGAGCUAAGCGCACCGAGAAGAAGAAGAAGGAUCCAAAUGCCCCAAAGCGUGGUCUCUCCGCCUACAUGUUCUUUGCCAAUGAGCAGAGAGAGAAUGUCCGCGAGGAAAACCCAGGAAUCAGCUUUGGCCAAGUCGGAAAGGUUCUUGGAGAGCGAUGGAAGGCUUUGAGUGACACUCAACGUAAACCAUAUGCUGCCAAAGCAGACGCCGACAAGAUCAGAUACGAAGAGGAGAAGGCUAAUUACAAUGCCGAUGCUGAGGAAGAGGAGUCUUCUUAA